GCCGCCCUUGAUCCAGACACCGGCGCGGCUAGCCACGUGGACCGACUACGGGCGCGCCGUCCUCACGUGGUUCUAGCAUCCGCUGGGGCUUGCUGCGUUUCUCGCUUCUCUGUAAUCACCCCGGCCUCUGAGCUCCGUUCCCAUGGCGGCCCUGGUGUUGGAGGACGGGUCGGUCCUGCGGGGCCAGCCCUUUGGGGCCGCUGUGUCGACUGCCGGGGAAGUGGUGUUUCAAACCGGUAUGGUCGGCUACCCCGAGGCCCUCACUGACCCUUCCUACAAAGCACAGAUCUUAGUGCUGACAUAUCCUCUGAUUGGUAACUACGGCAUUCCCCCAGAUGAAGUGGAUGAGUUCGGGCUCAGCAAGUGGUUUGAAUCCUCGGGGAUCCACGUGGCAGGACUGGUGGUAGGAGAGUGCUGCCCCACACCCAGCCACUGGAGUGCCACCCGUACCCUGCAUGAGUGGCUGCAACAGCAUGGCAUACCCGGCCUACAAGGAGUGGACACUCGGGAGCUGACUAAGAAGUUGCGAGAGCAAGGGUCUCUGCUGGGAAAGCUGGUCCAGGAUGGGACAGAGCCUUCAACCCUGCCCUUCUUGGACCCCAAUGCCCGCGCCCUGGUGCCGGAGGUCUCCAUUAAGCUUCCACGGGUAUUCAAUUCAGGGGGUACCCCUCGGAUCCUUGCUUUGGACUGUGGCCUCAAGUAUAACCAGAUCCGAUGCUUGUGCCAGCGUGGGGCAGAGGUCACUGUGGUACCCUGGGAUCACGCAUUAGACAGUCAGGAGUAUGAGGGUCUCUUUCUGAGUAAUGGCCCUGGCGACCCUGCCUCCUAUCCCAGCGUGGUAUCCACACUGAGCCGUGUCUUAUCUGAACCGAACCCCCGACCUGUCUUUGGGAUCUGCCUGGGACACCAGCUGUUGGCCUUAGCCAUUGGGGCCAAGACUUACAAGAUGAGAUAUGGGAACCGAGGCCAUAACCAGCCAUGCUUGCUGGUGGGCUCUGGGCGCUGCUUUCUAACAUCCCAGAACCAUGGGUUUGCCGUGGAAACAGACUCACUGCCAGCAAGCUGGCUUCCUCUUUUCACCAACGCCAAUGAUCACUCCAAUGAAGGCAUUGUGCAUGAGAGCCUGCCCUUCUUCAGUGUUCAGUUUCACCCAGAGCACCAAGCUGGCCCUUCAGAUAUGGAACUUCUUUUUGAUAUUUUUCUGGACACUGUGAAAGAAGCCACCACCAGGAACCCUGGGCGCCAGACAGGAACCCAGAAUCACAAGUCCUGGCUCCUGGUCCUGCCUCCGCCACUCCUUAGAGUUCGAGAGCGGCUGGCUGAGCGCCUCUGUCUCCCUGGGAUUCCCACCCCAGGCUCUGGGCUUCCACCACCACGAAAGGUUCUGAUUCUGGGCUCAGGGGGCCUCUCCAUUGGCCAAGCCGGAGAGUUUGACUACUCAGGCUCUCAGGCGAUCAAGGCCCUGAAGGAGGAAAACAUCCAGACGUUGCUGAUCAACCCCAACAUUGCCACCGUGCAGACCUCCCAGGGGCUGGCUGACAAGGUCUAUUUCCUCCCAAUAACACCUCACUACGUAACCCAGGUGAUACGUAAUGAGCGCCCAGAUGGCGUGUUACUGACUUUUGGGGGCCAAACAGCUCUGAACUGUGGUGUGGAGCUGACCAAGGCUGGGGUGCUCGCUCGGUAUGGGGUCCGGGUCCUGGGCACACCCGUGGAGACCAUUGAGCUGACUGAGGAUCGGCGCGCCUUCGCCUCCAGGAUGGCCGAGAUCGGAGAGCACGUGGCCCCCAGUGAGGCAGCAAACUCUCUUGAGCAGGCCCAGGCAGCUGCCGAGAGACUGGAGUACCCUGUGCUGGUGCGUGCAGCCUUUGCCCUGGGGGGCCUGGGCUCUGGCUUUGCCUCUAACAAAGAGGAGCUCUCUGCUCUCGUGGCCCCAGCUUUUGCCCAUACCAGCCAAGUGCUGGUAGACAAGUCUCUGAAAGGAUGGAAGGAGAUUGAAUAUGAGGUGGUGAGAGACACCUAUGGCAACUGUGUCACGGUGUGUAACAUGGAGAACCUAGAUCCACUGGGCAUCCACACUGGGGAGUCCAUAGUGGUGGCUCCAAGCCAGACGCUGAAUGACAGGGAGUACCAGCUACUGCGGCAGACGGCCAUCAAGGUGACUCAGCACCUUGGAAUUGUUGGGGAGUGCAACGUGCAGUAUGCCUUGAAUCCUGAGUCUGAGCAGUAUUACAUCAUUGAAGUGAAUGCCAGGCUCUCUCGGAGCUCCGCCCUGGCCAGUAAGGCCACAGGCUAUCCACUGGCCUACGUGGCAGCCAAGCUGGCUUUGGGCAUCCCUCUACCUGAACUCAGGAACUCGGUGACAGGGGGAACAGCAGCCUUUGAACCCAGCCUGGAUUACUGUGUGGUGAAGAUUCCUCGCUGGGACCUCAGCAAGUUCCUCCGCGUCAGCACAAAGAUUGGGAGCUGCAUGAAGAGUGUCGGUGAGGUCAUGGGCAUUGGACGUUCUUUUGAGGAGGCUUUCCAGAAGGCUCUGCGCAUGGUGGAUGAGAACUGCGUGGGCUUUGAUCACACAGUCAAGCCCGUCAGUGAUAUGGAGCUGGAGACUCCAACAGACAAGCGCAUCUUUGUGGUGGCAGCUGCCCUGUGGGCUGGCUACUCGGUGGAUCGCCUGUAUGAACUUACUCGCAUCGACCGCUGGUUUUUGCACCGAAUGAAGCGGAUCGUAGCACACACCCAGCUGCUGGAGCGACACCGUGGACAGUCUUUGCCCCUACACCUGCUGCAGCAGGCCAAGCGCCUCGGCUUCUCAGACAAGCAGAUUGCCCUCGCAGUUCUCAGCACAGAGCUGGCUGUUCGCAAGCUGCGUCAGGAACUGGGGAUCUGCCCAGCGGUGAAGCAGAUUGACACAGUUGCAGCUGAAUGGCCAGCCCAGACAAAUUACUUGUACCUGACAUACUGGGGCACCACCCAUGACCUCAGCUUUCGAACGCCUCAUGUCCUGGUCCUGGGCUCUGGCGUCUACCGUAUCGGCUCCAGCGUCGAGUUUGACUGGUGUGCUGUGGGCUGCAUCCAGCAGCUCCGAAAGAUGGGGUAUAAAACCAUCAUGGUGAACUACAACCCAGAAACAGUCAGCACCGACUAUGACAUGUGUGACCGACUCUACUUCGAUGAGAUCUCUUUUGAGGUGGUGAUGGACAUCUAUGAGCUCGAGAACCCUGAGGGCGUGAUCCUGUCCAUGGGCGGGCAGCUGCCCAACAACAUGGCCAUGGCUUUGCAUCGGCAACAGUGCCGGGUGCUGGGCACCUCCCCUGAGGCCAUUGACUCGGCUGAGAACCGUUUUAAGUUCUCCCGGCUCCUGGACACCAUUGGUAUCAGCCAGCCUCAGUGGAGGGAGCUCAGCGACCUAGAGUCUGCUCGCCAGUUCUGCCAGACCGUGGGGUACCCCUGUGUCGUGCGCCCCUCCUACGUGCUGAGUGGUGCUGCUAUGAAUGUGGCUUACACCGAUGGGGACCUGGAGCGCUUCCUGAGCAGUGCGGCAGCUGUCUCCAAGGAGCACCCCGUGGUCAUCUCCAAGUUCAUCCAGGAGGCCAAGGAGAUUGAUGUGGACGCUGUGGCCUGUGAUGGUGUGGUGGCGGCCAUCGCCAUCUCCGAGCACGUGGAGAACGCAGGUGUGCAUUCAGGUGAUGCCACGCUGGUGACCCCACCGCAGGACAUCACUGCCAAAACCCUGGAGCGGAUCAAAGCCAUCGUGCACGCCGUGGGCCAGGAGCUGCAGGUCACAGGACCCUUCAAUCUGCAGCUCAUUGCCAAGGACGACCAGCUGAAGGUCAUUGAAUGCAACGUGCGUGUCUCUCGCUCCUUCCCCUUCGUCUCCAAGACACUGGGUGUGGACCUAGUAGCCUUGGCCACGCGGGUCAUCAUGGGGGAAGAAGUGGAGCCUGUGGGGCUCAUGACUGGCUCUGGAGUCGUGGGGGUAAAGGUGCCCCAGUUCUCGUUCUCCCGCCUGGCGGGGGCUGACGUGGUGCUCGGUGUGGAGAUGACCAGUACCGGGGAGGUGGCUGGCUUUGGGGAGAGCCGCUGUGAGGCCUACCUCAAGGCCAUGCUAAGCACUGGCUUUAAGAUCCCCAAGAAGAACAUCUUGCUGACCAUUGGCAGCUAUAAGAACAAAAGUGAGCUGCUUCCAACUGUGCGACUGCUGGAGAGCCUGGGCUACAGCCUCUACGCCAGUCUGGGCACUGCUGACUUCUAUACAGAGCACGGUGUCAAGGUAACGGCUGUGGACUGGCACUUUGAAGAAGCAGUGGAUGGAGAGAGUCCACCACAGCGAAGUAUCCUGGAGCAGCUCGCUGAGAAAAACUUCGAGCUAGUGAUUAACCUGUCCAUGCGUGGGGCCGGGGGCCGGCGUCUCUCUUCCUUCGUCACCAAGGGCUACCGCACCCGGCGCCUGGCCGCUGACUUCUCCGUGCCCCUCAUCAUCGAUAUCAAGUGCACUAAACUGUUUGUGGAGGCCCUAGGACAGAUUGGGCCAGCCCCUCCUUUGAAGGUGCACGUUGACUGCAUGACCUCCCAGAAGCUCGUGCGGCUACCUGGAUUGAUUGAUGUCCACGUGCACCUGCGGGAACCAGGGGGGACACACAAGGAGGACUUUGCCUCAGGCACAGCGGCUGCCCUGGCCGGGGGCAUCACCAUGGUGUGUGCCAUGCCUAAUACCCGGCCCCCCAUCGUCGAUGCCCCUGCUCUGGCCCUGGCACAGAAGCUGGCAGAGGCCGGCGCCCGCUGUGACUAUGCCUUAUUCCUCGGAGCUUCGUCGGAAAACGCAGGGACCCUGGGCGCUGUGGCUGGGUCCGCGGCAGGGCUGAAGCUCUACCUCAAUGAGACCUUCUCUGAGCUGCGGCUGGACAGUGUGGCCCAGUGGAUGGAGCACUUCGAGACGUGGCCGUCCCACCUCCCCAUCGUGGCCCACGCAGAGCGGCAGAGUGUCGCCGCCGUCCUCAUGGUGGCCCAGCUGACCCAGCGCUCGGUACACAUCUGUCACGUGGCGCGGAAGGAAGAGAUCCUGCUGAUUAAAGCCGCAAAGGCACGGGGGCUGCCGGUGACCUGUGAGGUGGCGCCCCACCAUCUGUUCCUGAGCCGCGAUGACCUGGCGCAUCUGGGGCCCGGGAAGGGGGAGGUUCGGCCUGAGCUUGGCUCCCGGCAGGACGUGGAAGCCCUAUGGGAGAACAUGGCCAUCAUCGACUGCUUUGCCUCCGACCAUGCCCCCCACGCCGUGGAGGAGAAGCGUGGGCCCCAGCCACCCCCCGGCUUCCCGGGGCUGGAGACCAUGCUGCCCCUCCUGCUGACGGCGGUGAGCGAGGGCCGGCUCAGCCUGGAUGACCUGCUGCAGCGACUGCACCACAACCCUCGGCGCAUCUUCCACCUGCCCCCGCAGGAGGACACCUAUGUGGAGGUGGAUCUGGAGCAUGAAUGGACGGUCCCCAACCACAUGCCCUUCUCCAAGGCCCACUGGACACCCUUUGAAGGGCAGAAGGUGAAGGGCACCGUCCGCCGUGUGGUCCUGCGAGGAGAGGUUGCCUACAUUGACGGGCAGGUGCUGGUGCCGCCGGGCUAUGGACAGGAUGUACGCAAGUGGCCGCAGGGGGCUGUUCCCCAGCUCACACCCUCGGCCCCCGCUGCCAGUGAGCUAACCACGACCCCAGAGAGGCCCCGCCGGGGCAUCCCAGCGCUUCCCGAUGGCCGCUUCCACCUGCCGCCCCGAAUCCACCGAGCCUCUGACCCAGGUUUGCCAGCUGUGUUCCUCCGCCUGGGAGCUGGGAUCCCAUGGGGCAGCAGAGCGUGGGCUGAGGAGCCAAAGGAGAAGACCUCCCGGAAGGCAGCUGAGCCAGAGCUGAUGGGAACCCUUGAUGGCACCUGCUACCCUCCACCACCAGUACCUAGACAGGCGUCGCCCCAGAACCUGGGGACCCCUGGCCUGCUGCACCCCCAGACCUCACCCCUGCUGCACUCAUUAGUGGGCCAACAUAUCCUGUCUGUCCAGCAGUUCACCAAGGAUCAGAUGUCUCACCUGUUCAACGUGGCACACACGCUGCGCAUGAUGGUGCAGAAGGAGCGGAGCCUCGACAUCCUCAAGGGGAAGGUGAUGGCCUCCAUGUUCUACGAGGUGAGCACGCGGACCAGCAGCUCCUUUGCAGCGGCCAUGGCCCGGCUCGGGGGCGCCGUGCUCAGCUUCUCAGAAGCCACGUCCUCCGUCCAGAAGGGUGAAUCCCUGGCUGACUCGGUGCAGACCAUGAGCUGCUACGCCGACGUCGUGGUGCUGCGGCACCCCCAGCCCGGAGCAGUGGAGCUGGCAGCCAAGCACUGCCGGAGGCCGGUGAUCAAUGCGGGGGACGGGGUCGGAGAGCAUCCCACCCAGGCCUUGCUGGACAUCUUCACCAUCCGGGAGGAGCUUGGGACGGUCAACGGCAUGACGAUCACAAUGGUUGGGGACCUGAAGCACGGACGCACGGUGCAUUCACUGGCCUGCCUGCUCACCCAGUAUCGCGUCAGCCUGCGCUACGUGGCGCCUCCCAGCCUGCGCAUGCCCCCCGACGUGCGGGCUUUCGUGGCGUCCCGCGGCACCAAGCAGGAGGAAUUUGAGAGCAUCGAGGAGGCGCUGCCCGACACUGACGUGCUCUACAUGACUCGCAUUCAGAAGGAGCGCUUCGGCUCUAGCCAGGAGUAUGAAGCUUGCUUUGGCCAGUUCAUCCUCACUCCCCACAUCAUGACCCGGGCCAAGAAGAAGAUGGUGGUGAUGCACCCAAUGCCGCGAGUCAAUGAGAUAAGUGUGGAGGUGGACUCGGACCCCCGAGCAGCCUACUUCCGGCAGGCGGAGAAUGGCAUGUACAUCCGCAUGGCUCUGUUAGCCACUGUGCUCGGCCGCUUCUAGGGCCCGACUCCUCAGCCUCUUCUCAGGCCCAGCUGCUGGGCAUGGAAUCCGGUGCCCUCCACGGAGGCAGCACACUUAGUAGAUGCUUUGGGGCAUCCAGAUAGGUCAUGUGCUCAUACGCACACACAUGUGGACCACGCUUCAGACGCUGGACUGGACUGGAGCUGUCUAGCAUGGGGGUGGGGCCUCAGAUGCUGGGGCCCGGUCGGCCCCGUCUCCCUUAUUGCACCUGAAAUCUGUACUGUUACUUUUCCACUGACUUAGUAAAACAGCUGAGCUGCCUCCGGUUCUUGCUUCC